AUGCGUUGCCCGUGUUCUCCGGUCAACUUUUCUCGCAGCAACUCCAAGUCAAAUCAAUUGAACAACAUGGCGUCCGCCAGGCUAUCGCCAACGGCGAAUUUAAUGCGCAAGUCGCGCUUAUUUGCACUUCCAAAAGCUCUCAAGGGUCCCCAAGCACCGCCAUCCUCGCGAACCGUCACCGAAUCCGAUUCUGCAACUCUGCCUCACCCCAUUCGAGCCGCCAUCGCUACCCCGUCAUCAUCACUAGCCCGAGGCGAUUGGGGUCUGAAACGCCCUCUUCCAGCCAAGUCGACAUCAGACAAAUCGUCAAAGCCUGUAGUCAGAGUUCACGCCCUCGACACGUACGAGCAUGUCACCGACUUCGAAUCCGCCGCGGAUCACACGAUGACCCUCGAAAAGUUCCAGGAGCUUCACAUGCCUAUGUCUCUCCCAUCCAAGGUCAACUAUUCGACAACCAUCGUCCCCAGACACUCGAGUCCCUUUGAAGCCCACCUUGACAACACCGAGACUAGCGAGGGUCUUCAGGAAGCUGGUGCCAAACAGUUUAGACAGACAGGUCCUUGGCUUGCCGGACAAACGGAGUCGGAGUUCCUGGCUUACCUGAAGAAGGUAUCUACACAGAAGCCCGAGCUGUUGCAGAAGCUCCGUGAGCAAUUGACGGUCAAGCGCAAUGCCGAACUUCGCCAGCAAGCACAGGAUAACGGAGAGGACAUCGCUGAGGCUGUUACAAUUACCGAUGCGGAGUUUGAUACCUACAUCAAGUCUUUGCGCAAUGACCCAUUCGCUCUCGGCCCAGUCGUCUUCGAAUUGCUGGAUCUUGCUUCGCCUCCUGCCGUUCCCAGUGAGCGCGUUGGGCGCAAGUACUACCAACCUCCCCCAACCAAUCUCUCUUCCCCAGAAUACGCCGUCACAGGACCUCCCAAGACACACCCCUCGGCUGGUCUGUCGUACACCCGAUCACACGCUUUGAUUUACAACCACCCCAAGUUUGGUCCCCAGACAUACGAGCGCCCCGUCGAGGCCCGCAUUCUGCGACCCAAGGGCAAGUUCAAGGGCAGAAUGUCCCGUGCCACAGCAGGUAUCGGUGGUAUUGCCGUCGACGACCUGAACGCCAUGAACUUCGUUGCGUCAGGCGCACCUCCCGGUCUCACCUACUUCGAUGCGUCCAUCAAGGGUGGUGGUAAAUACUGGGUCACUCCUAUCCGCGCUGCUACAGAUAGCCAGGGCCGUAUCAACCUUGCAUCUUUCCGUGCCAGCGCCACUGCCAAGGCGCCCUAUGGAUUGGAAGAUCACAAGAAAGAGAGCACCCUGACUAUCUCGGAUGUUGCCAACUACAACUCCCAGGCAGUGCCUCGGAUGGACCGACGGCCGUUUGGCCAGCCCCGAUUCACGCCAGGUGAGCAGGCGGCGCAACGGGGUCCAGCGAAGGGAACAGAGGAGGUCGCUCGCAGUCUUCUCAACACCCUCAGCUCCAGGUGA